AUGGAGGUGCAAUUAGGUCUGGGGAGGGUCUACCCCCGGCCGCCGUCCAAGACCUACCGAGGAGCUUUCCAGAACCUGUUCCAGAGUGUAUGCGAAGUGAUCCAGAACCCGGGUCCCCGGCACCCUGCGGCCGCGAGUGCAGCACCUCCCGGCGCCCGUUUGCAGCAGCAGCAGGAGACCAGUCCCCAGCAGCAGCAGCAGCAACGGCAGCAGCAGCAGAGUGAGGAUGGCUCUCCCCAAGUCCAGAGCAGAGGCCCCACAGGCUACCUGUCCCUGGACGAGGGACAGCAGUCUUCACAACAGCAGUCAGCUCCCGAGGACUCCCCGGAUCGUGGCUGCGUCCCAGAGCCAGGAGCUGCCUCGGCAGCCGGCAAGGGGCUGCAGCAGCCGCCGCCAGCACCUCCGGAAGAGGAUGACUCAGCUGCCCCAUCCACGUUGUCCCUGCUGGGCCCCACUUUCCCCGGCUUAAGCAGCUGCUCCACCGAUCUUAAAGACAUCCUGAGCGAGGCCGGCACCAUGCAACUUCUUCAGCAGCAGCAGCAGCAACAGCAGCAGCAGGAGGCGGUAUCUGAAGGCAGCAGUAGCAGCGGGAGAGCGAGGGAGGCCACUGGGGCUCCCAUCUCCUCCAAGGACAGUUACCUAGGGGGCAGUUCGACCAUCUCGGACAGCGCCAAAGAGUUGUGUAAGGCAGUGUCGGUUUCCAUGGGCUUGGGUGUGGAGGCAUUAGAGCAUCUGAGUCCUGGGGAGCAGCUUCGGGGGGAUUGCAUGUACGCCCCGCUCCUGGGAGGUCCACCAGCUGUGCGUCCCACUCCUUGUGCCCCGUUGGCUGAAUGCAAAGGUUCUCUGCUGGAUGAUGGCCCGAGCAAGGGCACCGAAGAGACUGCUGAGUAUUCCCCUUUCAAGGCAGGUUACACCAAAGGGCUGGACAGUGAGAGCCUGCGCUGCUCUGGCAGCGGCGAAGCAGGGGGCUCCGGAACACUUGAGCUGCCAUCCGCCCUGUCUCUGUACAAGUCUGGAGCACUGGACGAGGUAGCAGCUUAUCAGAGUCGCGACUACUACAACUUUCCGCUAGCCCUGGCUGGGCCGCUGCCCCCUCCGCCGCCUCCCCAUCCUCAUGCCCGCAUCAAGCUGGAGAACCCCCUGGACUAUGGCAGUGCCUGGGCGGCCGCGGCGGCACAAUGCCGCUAUGGGGAUCUGGCGAGCCUGCACGGCGGGGGUGCAGCAGGACCGGGCUCAGGCUCACCCUCAGCUGCCGCCUCCUCUUCCUGGCACACUCUCUUCACAGCCGAAGAAGGCCAGCUCUAUGGGCCCUGUGGCGGAGGCGGGGGCGGCAGCGCAGGCGAGGCAGGGGCUGUAGCCCCAUACGGCUACACUCGGCCACCUCAGGGGUUGGCGGGCCAAGAAGGCGACUUUCCCCCACCCGAUGUGUGGUAUCCCGGCGGCGUGGUGAGCAGAGUGCCCUAUCCAAGUCCAAGUUGUGUCAAAAGCGAAAUGGGCCCCUGGAUGGAGAGCUAUUCUGGACCUUAUGGAGACAUGCGUUUGGAGACUACCAAGGACCAUGUUCUGCCCAUCGACUAUUACUUUCCACCCCAGAAGACCUGCCUAAUUUGUGGGGAUGAAGCUUCUGGCUGUCACUAUGGAGCUCUCACUUGUGGAAGCUGCAAAGUCUUCUUUAAAAGAGCCGCUGAAGGAAAACAGAAGUACCUGUGUGCCAGCAGAAAUGAUUGCACCAUCGAUAAAUUCCGAAGGAAAAAUUGUCCAUCUUGUCGCCUCCGGAAAUGCUAUGAAGCAGGGAUGACUCUGGGAGCCCGGAAGCUGAAGAAACUUGGGAAUCUGAAACUACAGGAGGAAGGGGAGACUUCCAGUGCCACCAACCCCACUGAGGAGUCAGCCCAGAAGCUGACAGUGUCACAUAUUGAAGGCUAUGAGUGUCAGCCCAUCUUUCUGAAUGUCCUGGAAGCCAUUGAACCAGGUGUGGUGUGUGCUGGACAUGACAACAACCAACCUGACUCCUUUGCAGCUUUACUCUCUAGCCUCAAUGAACUGGGUGAAAGACAGCUUGUACACGUGGUCAAGUGGGCCAAGGCCUUGCCUGGCUUCCGCAACUUGCACGUGGACGACCAGAUGGCAAUCAUUCAGUACUCCUGGAUGGGGCUUAUGGUGUUUGCCAUGGGCUGGCGGUCCUUCACCAAUGUCAACUCCAGGAUGCUCUACUUUGCCCCUGACCUGGUUUUCAAUGAGUACCGCAUGCACAAGUCCCGGAUGUACAGCCAGUGUGUCCGAAUGAGGCACCUCUCUCAAGAAUUUGGAUGGCUCCAAAUCACCCCCCAGGAAUUUCUGUGCAUGAAGGCUCUGCUGCUCUUUAGCAUUAUUCCAGUGGAUGGGCUGAAAAAUCAAAAAUUCUUUGAUGAACUUCGAAUGAACUACAUCAAGGAACUUGAUCGUAUCAUUGCAUGCAAGAGAAAAAAUCCCACAUCCUGCUCAAGGCGCUUCUACCAGCUCACCAAGCUCCUGGACUCUGUGCAGCCUAUUGCACGAGAGCUGCAUCAAUUCACUUUUGACCUGCUAAUCAAGUCCCACAUGGUGAGCGUGGACUUUCCAGAAAUGAUGGCAGAGAUCAUCUCUGUGCAAGUGCCCAAGAUCCUUUCCGGGAAAGUCAAGCCCAUCUAUUUUCACACGCAGUGA